GGGAUGGAUCUCCUGCAGAAGAGCAAAUACAACCACCUGCGCAACGACUCCCUCUCUUCCCUGGAGGAGGCGUCCGGGGCGGCGGAGGGGGACUCGCCCCUGGCGGCCGCCCCGUCGCUGCCCAGCUCCCUGUCCUCCUCCUCGCUCAGCCCCAUGCUCCCCCUGGGCGAGCUCUCCUCCGAGUCCGAGGACAGCCCCACCACCCUCUGCUCCUUCUUCCCCAAAAUGGCCAGCCUGAAACUCUCCAACCCCUCCGCCUUCCUCGGCCUCCGGCCCUUCUCCAAAGAGGCGGCUGGCGGCGGGGGCAGUGCCACCAGGGCCGGGGAGCCUCCCGUCACCGUCGUCCCCCCCAGCCCGGACUCAGCGGGGGCCCUUCCCGUCUAUCCCCAGGAUAUGAACAAGCUGGGCUGCGGCAAGAAGAUGCGGGUGGAAGGCGGCCAGCUGGGCGGCGACGAGUGGACCCGACACGGCAGCUUCGUCAACAAGCCCAGCCGGGGAUGGCUGCACCCCGACGACAAGGUGAUGGGCCCCGGAGUCUCCUACCUCGUCCGGUACAUGGGUUGCGUGGAAGUCCUGCAGUCAAUGAGGGCCCUGGACUUCAACACGAGGACUCAAGUCACAAGGGAGGCCAUCGGCUUGGUCUGUGAAGCAGUGCCCAGUGCCAAGGGAGCCGUCCGCCGAAGAAAGCCCUGCGGCCGCUCGCUCAACUCCAUCCUCGGCAAGAGCAACCUGAAGUUUGCUGCCAUGCCCAUCACGCUCACCAUCUCCACCAGCAGCCUCAACCUCAUGGCGUCCGACUGCAAGCAGAUCAUCGCCAAUCAUCAUAUGCAGUCGAUUUCUUUUGCAUCCGGAGGAGAUCCGGACACAGCCGAGUACGUCGCCUACGUUGCCAAAGACCCCGUCAAUCACAGAGCCUGCCACAUCCUGGAGUGCCCCGAGGGCUUGGCUCAGGACGUCAUCAGCACCAUCGGGCAGGCGUUCGAAUUGCGCUUCAAGCAGUACCUCAAGAACCCUCCCAAGCUCGUCACACCUCAUGACAGGAUGGCCGGGUUCGACGGCUCCGCUUGGGACGAAGAGGAGGACCCGCCGCCUGAUCACCAGUACUACAACGACUUCCCCGGGAAGGAGCCGCCCCUGGGAGGCGUGGUCGACAUGCGCUUGUGGGACGGAGCUGGGGCGGCCCAGACGCCCAACCAUCUGGGAGCUACCCUGCCGGUGGGCCAGAUGGCCAGGGGAGACUACGACUCCAGGAAGCUGCCCCCCGUGGCUCAAGGCAGGGACAAAUACCCCACUGCCGCCGCCAGCCCGUCUGGGCGGACAGACCUGUUUGACGACCCCUCCUACGUCAACGUGCAGAACCUGGAGAAGACUCGGCAAGUCAAUCCAAGUGCCGCCACCACCAAUGGCAGCGUCCAGAGAGACCUCUUUGACAUGAAGCCCUUUGAGGACGCCUUGCGCGUGCCUCCCCCCGCGCCGUCGGCUCAGCUGGUGGCAUCCAUGGAGGAGCAGCUGCGUCGAGAGCCUUGGUACCACGGCCGGAUGAGCCGCAAGGAGGCCGAGAAGCUGCUGCAGGCCAACGGGGACUUCCUCGUGCGGGAGAGCACCACCACGCCGGGCCAGUACGUGCUGACUGGCCUGCAAGGGGGGCAGCCCAAGCACCUGCUUCUCGUCGACCCCGAAGGAGUGGUUCGAACAAAAGACCACCGCUUCGAGAGCGUCAGCCACCUCAUCAGCUACCACAUGGACAAUCGGUUGCCGAUCAUCUCGGCGGGGAGUGAGCUCUGCCUGCAGCAGCCCGUGGAGCGGAGGUCCUGAGAAGCAAGGGGGCUGGGCGCACCACUCCACCACCACACCCCCCAGCAUCGCCUUCUCCUUCCAGCUGCUCCUCCCAGGCCUGCCCGCCUUCUGCGGGGUUCCACUCCUCAGCCUGCCUCACCGCAUGGGCUCCCGCGCCCCGUCUCGCCAGGAGUCGCGGCU